UCGAGUUCUCAUACAAGAGAACGAAGUCCGUUUUUGGAACAARAAGCAAGGGAGAACAUCGUGCAGUACUGUGCUUCUGUAAUUCCUACGAAGUGCAAUCUUUUCGUUCGGUGCUUUCAAAUUUGUCCGGAAUGYUUCCAUCCAUCAAGAUCUCGGUACYAUAAUCUCGUCGGAAGAACCCAACAUUCGUCCAUUUCAUGUUAUACAAUGGAGUCUCUCCUCGACCAAGCCGAUGCAUUGAUCCUGAUCGCCGGUGAGGAGGGCCCAGAACGCCCAAACUUUGAGAUACCCGAAGAGCUGGCGCACCACACAGUUCCUAAUGGCGACUGGCUCGAAGUACGCGAGAAUCCCAGCAAGGGCAAAGGGUGGUUUACCAAGAGAGACAUUCCAGCUGGAUCCGUUGUGUUGGUGGCGAAAGCCAUUGCUUGUGCACUUGAUUUGGAGUAUAUAGAAGGAGAUAGUGCCGAUGGCAACAUUGAUGACGACGAGGAUGACGACAAUCAGCAAAUGGAACAAGAAGAAGAGGAUCAGGGUAGCACUGUAAACGAGCUAUUGGUUCUCGAUUUACUACAACACAUUUUGGACAAUCCUUCGAUUUGGUCGCAGCAACUAACGAACCUCUAUCCACGGGAAACAGUGGACAUCGAAGMAUCUCCGGUCUGGAUAUCGAAAGACGACGACGUCUUUUCGCAAUUCGAAGCGAUGAUCRAAAAAAUCGAGACGGUUCCGGGGCUGGCGGGAAAAUCCAAAGAAAUCUCAAAGCGGCUUCCCCUGAUUGUCCGAUACAAUGUCCUAUCGAUCGAAACCUGUCCCGAACUGCUUAGCCAUCCGGGACUACACGGUCACCACUCGUUGUCGGGUGUGGGACUCUAUUAUUUGCCAUCUUUCUUCAACCAUGAUUCCAGACCAAAUAUAGCCCGAUACGCUGUAGGAGACAUUAUGUGGUUUGUGGCCAACCAGGAUAUUGGCGCUGGACAGGAGCUUUGCAUAAGCUAUCUAGAACAGGAUGUACUCUGCGAGAAYACGUAUCGACGAAAUUGUAUGCUAACGCUAGAUUUUAAGGUACGGUAUGAUGUGGCGCGACUAUAUGCAAUGCUAAUUCGAAAAACUCUCUACGUAUGCCUGUUACAACGACUAACUUGCCUACAUUUUGUGCUCCUGUUUUCACUUUUAGGAAGAGGAGGAUGCUUAUCGGGCGACUAUCGAUGAMGAAUCGCCCUGUUAUCCUGUCGUAGACGUUGAGGUGCAAAAUGAGCUGAUGUCCAUGAACCCUUUCGAGCGACUCGAAGCAAUCGAUCAGUUGAUGCAACAGGCGGCCGGUGAAGCCUUGCCGGAAGGCGAAGACAUUGAAGGAGAAGACGGCGACGACCGAAUGGAAGCAAAUGGGAGUGCAUGGUUUGAGUGCGAUGUACAAAACUUGAGAAUUUUGAAAGCCAUCACGUUGGAGGGCUGUGACAAAUCCGAAAUGGCUCUGCAACUUUGGGAAGAAUGCAUUGGAUUCACGGAGUCCAAGAUGCCUCCCAACGAUGAGAAUUCGAUUGUGAUGAGGGUGCAAGCAGCCCUUUGCUGUUUGAAUUUGAACGAAGAAGCCCGUGCUGCACAACACGCAGCGAUUGCUCUACAAAAACACAACUUGAUGUUUGGAGGUGGAGUGAGACGGUUCCGUAGGCGUUACCGUCAAGAGUUUCGAUUGAAUCUUAGACCAAAAUCCAGUGGCGGAGAAAACGACAAAUCAUUUGAAGAAAUGUUAUGGCCGUACGAAUGAGCUAAUACUCGUCCGUGAAAUUUGCAGGAAGAUACCAUGCUAACACGGUGGUUAUGUUCUCGCGAAAUAAGGGAAGAAUUGGCUG